UUUGACCUUUAAAAAUGGCCGCCAGAAGUUGAAAAAAUCGCCAAAAAGAUUUUCUGCAAAUCUUUGUACAUUUUUGGUGAUCAGAUUCGUUUUUAUGGAGUAUAAACUACUCACGGAAGAUCACACGUGUUUUUGGAAGGAACUUCAGUGAGAAAACGUUGCUGGUUUUGAAAGGCCCUCAGUAAGUAGUAUAGGAUGUUCAGUGAGCUUCAAGAGUUGGAGGAGGAGGAGAGAGUGUUGCAGUCCAUACAGACCACUCUACAGGAUCAGCUCAACAGACUCAAGGUUGAGGAGCUGGCCCUGAAGAGUAUGAUAGCAGAGAAACAGGGAGCAGGGCAGAGUUUUGAGGAGAGAAGAAGUCAGGAACUCAAGAAGCUGUUGUCUGUGAAUGAAAUGGAGGAAGAAGACUUUGAGGACCCCAACAUUAAUGAGACCCCUCUACAGCUGGACCUAUCCCAGGGUGCCUUGCUCCAGCAGCCAACCAAAGAAGAGGAAUUUGAGGAGGAGGAAGAAGAAGAGGAAGAUGAGGAGGAUCUUUAUGAAGAUGGCAUCAACAGAGAUCUCAUGUUACUCAUGGACCAAGUCUGUAAAAACCCAGAGGAGAUGGAAGAGGAUGACAGUUCUUGAUGAUUCUUGUAGACAGUUGUAGUAUCCAGUUAGCCUGGUUCAUUUCAUUUUACCAGAGUAGUACGCUCAGGUCUACUGACCUGGUUUUCAGGUAUCUCUUGGGUAAAAUACACAAUAUACAGGAGCAAACACACAAUAAGCAUAUACAUUACAGUUUCAACUCAACAUACAUGACAAUCUUAAAAACAUUUGCCACUGGUUACCAAACCUAUUAUAGCUCCUGAGUCCUACAUCCUCUCCACA